AAGACCCGCUGACGCACAGCUGUUUCAGGAGGGGCAUUUAACUUUCCUCAUUAGCCAUUCCUGUCAAAGGCAUCGGGAGAGGAACUUCUGCAGCUGGACUUCUUGCUUCCCUCCCUCCCGCUUGCAUCGGUCCAACCAGCAGCAAAAAUCGACGAUGGUGUAGUUUUUUUUCUUUUUUGUUUGAAGUUAGACCGGGUUAAGUCAAUGCAACGUAAGGACUGAUAUAUAUCGUUUGGUUUAGAGGCGACCCUUCCUCCCCAUCAUGUGUGCGGUGCUCCGCUGUUCUGCAUGUUCUUGCAGAACGUUCUGGCCGGUUUUUAUCAUCCUUGCUGCAGCUCCUUGUCUCCUGCUCUGUUCAGAAAGACCUGCUCUGGUUGUUGGGAAAAUGUAUCCAAGGGGCAAUCACUGGGCUGUAGGUCAUUUAAUGGGAAAGAAGAGCAUUAAGAGCCUGCCUGAAGAGCGGCAGGUAAACCUUGACUACCUCAUGCUCUCACAAUCGGACAGGAUCUUUGAUCAGGACCAAACUGUGGAGGGUUUCUCACAAAAGAACCAGGGACAAACGAUACCGCUGAGGCUGCUCCACAACCGCAGGAGAGAAGACAAUAGAGGCAAACAUCUCAAAGAGAUGUCAGACCUCCUCCUUCUGGCUUUGAGACUGCAGGACAACGAAUCCUCCUGAGGGCAAGACGAGCCUCUGACGUCUACUUCACCUGCUCUGUGAUCACAUAUUUAUAAUGUAUAUAAGCUCUGUGCUUUAGAAAGACACAUAGGAACACAAAUACAAAGUUCUGUUUUCAGUGAUUUAGCAUUUUUACUUGCAAAAAAAAAUAAAAUAAAGUGUUUCGACUACUAACUGACUGACAAGGUUGUGUUGCAGAAACCGAGAACCUGAAAUAAAUAAAUAAAUGUUGUGAUAACUGCACUGUGGACGCCAGAGCAUGCUUUACCCACUGCACCAUAUCAUAUCCUAUUUAGACCAUAAGCAAUCGUGGUCCUGCCACCUGUGCAGUACCCAAGUUUUACCACUAGGUGGUGCGCAAGUUCAACUUUAGUAACUUUUUUUUUUUUCUUUUGCAAAGUGUCGCAUAAAGCGUCAAACAUAACCAUAUUAACAUUAUUAGUGUAAAAGGACCCAUUCGAGUGUUGUAUGGUUAGGUGAAGACUCUGCAUGAGGUAAAAAGCACUAAAUAAACAAACAAAUAAACACCCCGGGGUGUUUCUAUUUGUGAAUAGAUGAAUGGAGGACCAGCAGUAUUAUUUUUAGCUCCUAGGGGAUUUAAGUGAACAAAGGGAAACACUAAUUGCAACAGUUUAGCUAAACAAAUGGCUCUUUUAAUGCCACAGACACAUUUUUCUCUUCCUCCUUCUCUUUAGUGAUUUGUCACGGAUGAUUGGUGAACAAUUGAAGAGUGAGCCACUUUCACUGCUAUUAGGAGUCUAAUCCCAGGAGAGACACAGUUUAGUAAUGAGGAGGAAAUAGACUGGCUGAUGGGACUCAUUCUCUGACACACAGAGAAAGUUAGGGGGUUUAAGCCCAUACACCGCCGUGUGUCAUUUAGUUUCUUUUUAAAUAUACAAAAUGGUUUUGACAUAUUAGACAAUUCAUAGAAAAUUUUCCAAUCAUAAAAUAACAGAGAGAAAAAAACCGAAAAGUUUAAAAUCGUUCCCAUUAUUUAAUUUUUUAUAUUCCAAUGUCAGAUAAACUGCCUUUUUCUGAAAAGAAAACUGACAAGGCAGCUUUCCGCCACUAGAGGGCACUACAUUCAAUAUUUCCAGCUACUCGUGUAAAAAAGCCCAAUCUGAUUUGUACAUGUGUACAUGUCAUCUUUCUAGAUAAUAUUAGACAAUUCAUCCAAUAGAUAUUUUUCUAAUUUUUUGUUGCUCUAAAGUAAGUCCUGAUAUAAAAU